CAUCGUCAUCGUCAUCAUCAUCAUCAUCAUCAUCAUCAUCAUCAUUACCAUCGCCACCACCACCACCGUUGCUGUCAUCGUCGGCGACACCAUCGUCUUUUUUUUCAUGGUCAUAAGCACCAACUGACACUUUCUUCCUCUUCACCUCUUUCUUUUGAUUCAUUAUUAUCAGCAUAA